AUGCCAAACCAAGGCAUCCUCUCCCUCUGCGAAGCAAAGAAAAUGGGCCUCACGGACUUCUGGAAGUCGCCGACGGACAAGCGCGCGGACGAGGUGCGCAGCGGGGCCGUGGCGCCCUCGCGGACGGAGCGCAGGCGGUGCUGGGAGAGCCGCGACGCCUACUUUGCGUGCCUGGACCGCAACAACAUCCUGGACGCCAUCAAGGACGACAAGGCGGCCGCCAAGCAGUGCUCCGCCGAGGCCGUCGGCUUCGAGAAGGAUUGUGCUGCUGAGUGGGUCACAUACUUCAAAAAGUGGCGCGUGGCAGAGCACAACAAGAAGCAGAGGAUAGCGCAGCUGCAGGCGCAGGGCGCGCAGAACAUGCAGAUUCAGAGCGGGCCGGCCGGGUCAUGA